UGCCCGUCUCUUCAUAUCCUAUCAGUGACCACGUUUCUUUAACCGCUGUCUUCCAAGUCUAUCCGUAUUAUUUUCAAGAGACAAGUGAUACAAGAUGAUGCUAGUGCCGCUGGCUGUAGUGCUCCUCGCGGCAUUCGCCAACGCCGAGCCGGCGAUCAAUGAAGCCCGACCGCAUAGUAAUCGACCUGGAAGAUUCUUGUCUCUUCCGAUACCGCAAAAGUGCGCAAAUCGGCCGAAGCAGUUUAACUUCCGAGGGCACAACUAUUUCUACAGCGGGCACGUGCCGGCCCAUGCCAAUCAAAAGGUGGACUGGUUAGACGCUAGAAACGUUUGCAGGGAAUACUGUAUGGAUCUCAUUUCGAUGGAAACCCAAGAAGAGAACAAUAUGAUCUUUAGGCUCAUCCAGCAGAACGACGUUCCUUACAUCUGGACGUCCGGACGUCUCUGCGACUUUAAGGGCUGCGAGAAUCGACGUGACCUCGAGCCCAAGUCCCUGUACGGCUGGUUCUGGUCGGCGAAUCGCGAGAAGAUGGCACCCACCAACCAAUCGCCGAGCGGUUGGGGCUUCAAUCCGUGGUCGCAGACCGGCCACAAGAAGGUCAGGCAGCCGGACAAUGCCGAGUAUGACAUCAACGGCACCAACGAGUCUUGCUUGUCCGUUCUGAACAACGUUUACAACGACGGCAUCGCCUGGCACGACGUCGCGUGCUACCAUGAGAAGCCGUUCGUCUGCGAGGACUCUGAGGAGUUGCUCAACUACGUGGCCAGCACCAACCGCGGUAUUCGCCUCUAAAGCGAUCGCGGUCAGCCGACACCUACGUGGUGAUCACGCGAUCGUCCAUCAGCGUCAUAUCAGCACUCACUUUCCUUCUAUACUUCCCGUCGCGGAGCCGACGAGACACGUGCCAAAUAGGGACGCGAGAUUUCCACGUGGCGAUACUUCCCGGAUGAUCAUAGUGAAUUCGCGGAGAUCAUAGAGAUUCUUUACAAUCCUAUUAGAUAUAACAAAAAGAAAUUUCGUGAUAAAUCGGUAAUUAAAACGAAAUUGACGAGCAAUGUCUUUUUAUAAAUACACUUUACAAUUUUGUAUAAUGUUUUCGACUGACAAUGAGUAUCAUCCGAAAUAAAAGUUCGCUAGAAUUAUAAUUUUGUAAUCUAUUCUUCUGAUUUUUUUAAAAUCAAUUAACACAUCACAACUGCCGAGUUUUUGUAUAUAAUAUAAAUUAUAUUGAAUUUCUAUGACUGCAUGAAGCUUUUGUAUCUUUUAGUUUUUUUCAGCUGCACAGAGUGAUUUUCUCGUUUUAUGAGCAAUUAUUGAUUAAUGCGAUCAUCGGAAAAUUACGGCAUUUUGUAAAAAGUAAAAUAAGAAAAAAUGAUUUGUGGGAUCAUGCGCUUGGUGUGAGAUAUCAGUAAUUUAUUUAAUUUACAUCCUAUUGGAAUUUAAAAACCGCGAAGUUAAAUGUCUCUCGGACAAAAGCGAAAGUGUAGAAGCAAUAAAUUGUGCGACUAAUUUGUGACAAGUUUUUAUUGUAUAACGGCUAAUUCAAUCUAUAUACUUAUUUGGUGCUGUGACUUUAACAUAAUGUACGUGUUAUAUUGCAUGAAAAUAAAUAUAUCUAUUUACUGCGAUUGUACUUAAAAGUUUAUAUAGUACGAAAGAAAUGUAUUGCUAUAUAGAUUAUUAAUUUUGAACAAACGUGUCUCGUCGCUACGUUCUUUCUGCACUCAUUGUAUCGAAGAAAUUCAACAAUAUUUUAUACUUUGUUUAAUUUGUAAUCACUGAAGAGAGUAAUUAAUUGUGUACAUGUAUUUAUUGAUAUAAAUUUGGCUGGCAGUCUCUGUACAUUUAUGAAUAAAAGUUAAUAUUAAA